AUGGCGAAGUGGAAUUUCAUUGCUAUUCUCUUUCUCGCUCUUGCGAAUUUUUUAUCCCCAACAAUGGCCGUGAAAAAGGAUACCAAUUUGAAUUCUUUAUCCCCAACAAUGGCCGUGAAAAAGGAUACCAAUUUGAUGCUGUGGGGGUGCUCUGCCUCCACAGACCGCGAGCUAUGUCUGUCGCUCCUCAGAUCAGACCCUCGUAGCUACGACGCCAAGGGUUACACAGAACUGGGCAAAAUCAUUGUCGAGUUCGCAUUGGCCAAAGCCGAGGAAACUCUGUCGUUCGUUAAAUCGCUGGAGAAUAAAACCACCGACAAAGCUGUCGGCACGAGCCUCGCCGUAUGCCGCAGUCUGUACGACCUCAUCAUACGCGAGCGCAUUCCGAGUGCCCUAGAGACCUCGACGGAGAGCGAGGAGGACGCGACCCGGAUAAUGGGCGAAGCAGUUUUGGACGAUGAGAAUUGUGAAAAGGAGUUUAGUAAGAACCAUGUUAAAUCUGUGUUGACUAAGAGGAACAAUGAUUUCAGUGACAUUGUUUACAUAGCCCAGAGCUUAUGGUUUCUAGUUUGGGGUUGA